AUCUCUCUCUCAUCUUCUCUAACAAAAAAACAGAAGAGAGAGAGAAAGAAAUAGAAAUACAAGAGUUGACAACGAGUAGUGGAUAAUCCAAUAAAUCCGGUUUUUUCAGUUAGACACAAAAAAAAAUUUAAAAAUUUUAAACAAAUCUCUUUCUUUGUCUGUCUUUCUCUUUCUCAAACCCCCAAUUUAAAAAUGGUGUCUGACCAACAAAUAGCUGAAGCUUUACAAUCUUUAUUUUGUCAAACAAACCCUAAUUCUUUCACUUCACUCAACCAAGUUAUUCUUCAAUUGCAAUCCAAUUUAGGGUUUGAUCUUUCUAACAAAAUUGAUUUCAUUCGUGCUCAUAUUAGUCUUUUGUUCAAUUCUCAGCCUCCUCCUCCUCCUCCUGUUCCUGUUCCGCCGCCGUCGAUUGUAUCUACUGUCAAUGCUUCUUUGAUUGUCAAUCCUCAAUCUCAUUUUCAAAUUGUAAACCCUAACCCUAGCCCUAAUCCUAAUAAUGUGAAUUUUAAUGUUGUUCAUCAACAACAGAGGGUUUUUAAUCACCCUCCACCACCUGCGGUUCAAUCUUAUUUUCCGAAUGGUCCUACUGAAAUUAACUUUGCUCAACCUGGUAAUGGAACUAUUGCUGCUGAUGCUCUUUCCUCACCUUCGGCUAAAGAAAGUACCCAAAGUCGGCCCAAAAGAAGAGGAGGUCCCGGAGGGCUGAACAAACUUUGUGGUGUUACACCCCAACUUCAGACAAUUGUGGGCCAACCAGCCUUGCCAAGAACAGAGAUUGUCAGGCAACUUUGGGCAUAUAUAAGAAAGAACAAUCUCCAAGAUCCGAGUAACAAAAGAAAGAUAAUAUGCAAUGAUGAGUUGCGAUUGUUAUUUGAAGUUGACUGUACGGAUAUGUUUCAGAUGAACAAGCUGCUGGCAAAACAUAUUAUUCCUCUUGAUCCCACAAAGGUUCCAGAACCACCAUCCAAGAAAGCUAAGGUUGAGGAAUCUGAAGUUCCAAGCACUGAACCUGCUAGCUCUCCUUCUAUUGUGAUAUCUGAAGCACUAGCCAAAUUCUUUGGAACAAGCGAGAAGGAAAUGCUUCAAUCUGAGGUUUAUAAGCGUAUUGAAGAAUACAUUAAGACAGAAGGCUUGGAGGAUUCUUCGAAUUCAAUGGUCAUCUGUGAUACUAAACUUCAAGAACUGUUCGGAUUGGAGCGCAUUCCAACCCCUGAGAUUCGUGAUGCUUUAGCCCGUAAUCAUCUUGUUCCGCAAACAUGAUGUAAUCAGGUGUUGGAUGCAACAGCAACUUAACUGAUAUGCUUGAAUAUGUUCUUAGCAAACAGUAUUAGACAGUAUUGUAAUUUAAGUAGGGCUUUGACUGUAAUUAGUUGCUGGGUUUAUAACUUAAUGUAGGUAACUUAAAGACACAAUUAGGGUUGACACUCUAAAUCUGGUGUUUAAUUGUUAUUAGUUAUGCAGGGUUGAUAACUAAAUGUAGGUAACUAAAAGAUGCAAUCUGAUUAUGAAAUGUUCUAACCAAGGAGACUUUUUGUUGUAGUUCUUAUCAACAGAAAAGCUUUGUACAAGAUUUUACUGCUAUUGCCCUUGUUAAUGCUUAAUCUUUUCUCCAAAAUAAUGCCCGACUAAUUAGGGUAUAUAAAAAUAAAAAUUAGAAUAUAUAUUCAAGUCUUCUUAGCGGCAUUCGGAUUUUAUCUUGAUUGG